AUGUUGAUUCUGACUUUUCUCUUUACAUUGGCUAAUGCCUAUAUGAGUUUUGAUCUUAUUCCGGUGAAAGAGGACGGAUCUUUGGAGAAGCGCGAUGAUGCUGUAGUGACAAACGACUUCAAUCAGAAAGUGAACUCCACUGUCCAAUUUCAGGUCGGCUCGAACAAGCAAAAUAUUAGCGUUAGGAUUGAUACUCGUGGGGGUCUAUUGUGA